GCAGAUCUCUUGAAAUGAUGGCAUCCUGGAAGCGCCGAAGAAGGAAGAACCUCGCUACAGCACUGUGGUUCUUGGCUGCGCUGUGCGUCCUUACGAAGAGGCUCCACGGCUGUUUGAUCACUGACAACUAUCCGACGGCAGUUGAGCGGCCGCCCGAGCCCUGCUUCAUCUUGCUUGGUAGCAUCCCGAGAAGCAUCUUGAAUGGCGCAAGCGGCCAUCCAUCGACCAUCCUAAACGCACAGGUCCGAAAAACACACAUAUCUGCACUCCCUUUGGCUCUCAAUCCGUGUGCUGCCUGCCUGUCUGUUUGUCUGCCUGUCUGUCUGCCUGCGUGUGGGUGUGUGCAGCCGCGCAAGAGGUUGCCAGAGAGGACGGCCUUCGUGCACUGCGCCAAGUGCGGGGAGCUGCUCUAUCGGUACAAGAAGGGCGGCAAGGGGACGCUCGUCAAGUGCUAUGAGGAGCGCAUCGUUGAGGACUUCACCAAUGGCGACCUGACGUGCCACUCCUGCGGCAGUGAGUUCGCGCGGAGGACGCUCAUCCACGGCAGACCGGCGCACAAGAUGAUCGGCGGCAAAGUCACCCUAAAGAAAUAGAGGGCUGAUGGUAAGGCAGAUGAGGGUGUUCGUUCGUGGCUGAAUGCAGCGGUUUUUCUGUCUGCGAGAGAGAGAGAGGGAGGGAGGGAGGCAUGCUGUCUCUGUGUGGGGUAUCAUUGUCACUCGACGGACGCCAGCUCGUUUCUUUCGGCUGGAUGGCGUCACUGGCGGUGGUGAGAGCAGUCCUUGGUUGAAACACGACCUGGGACAUCUCAUGAUCCGUCCCAUUGCCGCCGGCGGGCCACACGAGUUGCUGCCGCUGUAGGCCUCAUCCUACACCAGCGUCGUGUAGGCGCCUUUGUGUAUAUGUGAGGAGAGAAAUUGAGAGGGUGUGUGUGUGCGUGCGUGCCCGGUGAAGAUGGGCCGUGAGGGACGGCACACUGGACGCAUCGUCCGUGCAGAGGGACAAUUGAACGGGGCUGCAUUGUGGUCCGGAUUAAGGUGCCUACUCAAAG